AAGUUUGCUCUGCCUAUGACACGCAAAAAUUUCUCGCCGGUUCAUCUGAUUGCGGAACUAGAGCAGGGAAUUCAGACAUUAGAGGAAGACAGGGAAAAAGAUACUGCAAGAUGUAAUAUAGCCACCAGCAUUAACGCAUUCAAAAAUCAAUUCAAAAACAAUAAAAAAGAAAAAUUCAUACUGAGAAUAUUUGAAGACACAAAACGGUUUAUAAAACAACACAAGGACUCUAUAGUAAUCACAAAUGCGGAUAAGGGAAAUAAAACGGUGAUGAUGGACAAAACAGAAUACAAAGAGAAAAUGAAAGAUCUAUUGAGCGACAGAUAUACGUACAAAACGAUAAGAAUGGACCCAACACAAAAACUGCUGAGAAAAAACAACGCGAUAGUAAAUGACAUAUACAAACAGAAAAACAUUGACAAUUAUCAAAAGCACAAAUUGACAUGCAAUGCAGCUACAG